AUGAGCAAAACUAAUCCUACCCGUCGCCUCGUCAUUUUCGAGGAGACGCGCAACCCCCAAAACCCCGUGGGUAUUCACUACGAACCCAUCAACAAACUCGGUCUCCCCAUCUGUGGCGAUGCCCCAGAACUGCCUUCUAUCCUUGAGCUUCCUUUGCGCACCUUGAUCUUCUUCACAGAUCUUUUCAAUCUACCCAAAUACAAGGGAUGGGCGGUUGUUGGCGCCGGUCCCUACCGGGACAUAUCUUAUGAGGGAAAGUUCUAUGCUGUCAUCUUAGAGCAAACCCAGCCGCCACAAGUGCAGCCACAAGUGCAAGGGUAUCCGCAACAAUUGCAUGGGUAUGGGCAUUUGCAUGCAGGUUCUAAGAAUGAGGCGAUGAAGGAAUCUCCUCCGGAAAAAUCAUGA